AUGUCCCCCACCGUUGAUUGGCGGGAAGCCUGCCGCCUUCCUGAAAGAGGACACCAAGCGAGGGCACAAACGGGCACAAACCCUACCACCCCCAAACGGGACGCCCGGUCCAAAUCCCUUCAAACUUCUCUUGGAAGACCACCUCAUCCGCUACACACAAGGCCAUCGCCAUCAGCGCCAUUAAUCAACUAUCUCGCUGAUCGACUUUCACUCGUCAAGAUGGUUCUCGCGGUCGACCUCCUCAACCCCACGCCCCAGGCUGAGGGCCGUAAGCACAAGCUCAAGACCCUUGUGCCCCAGCCCCGCUCCUUCUUCAUGGACGUCAAGUGCCCCGGUUGCUUCACCAUCACCACCGUCUUCUCGCACGCCCAGACCGUCGUCAUCUGUGCCGGUUGCUCGACCGUCCUCUGCCAGCCCACCGGUGGCAAGGCCCGUCUGACCGAGGGCUGCUCUUUCCGCCGCAAGUAAACGAGAAACGAAUGAAAAUUUUUUUUCUUGUUAUGUUCCGGUUGAAACGUCAAGAGAAUUAGCAUGGAGAAAUUAGGAUGAAAUACCAAUCCCGGGGUUGCCCUCUUCUUACCUCUUCUUUUUUUUGAUCCGGCUUUGGAGAGUUCCUACUUCUUUUAACCCGUCUUCCGGUCCCGGGCUUCAAAAUGUCACAUACCAAACUACCCUUUUUCAAUAUCACCCUUGCCCCUACGAAAAAAAUGGAUGGAAUAUUCUCUUUACAAUUUCUUCGACUGGGUUGGUUUGGGAGAUGCAGAUGAUGUGAUAUGGUCCUUCGUAUCUACAUCUUCCUGCAUCCUUGAGAAAGUCAAAUUUGAAUGUGGCCUCUGGGACCCAUUGCUCAUCCUACUGUUUCCUUGCUCUUUUCUUUUUGCCUUUUCACGGUGAUGAUUCUAAUAUCUCAGCGUUGGAUUCUUGUGUUUCUAUGCAUUGAUGACGGAUAGAAGAUGGAAUGACCUGCCCUCCCAGCGACAACAGCAAAAAGCAUUCGACCCAAAAAAAAAAAAAAAAAGCAACAGCAUUCUGCUCAGGGAGUUCCGGAUAUCUGGCACAAAAAGGCACCAGGCUCUUCUGCUUGACUUUGUGCUAUAUUUGAUGUUUUGAUUUUCUGGUUUCUUGUGUUUUAAAUGUAUCUGCGACUUGUACAAAAAGGUUCUAAACUCAAUUUAAGAGUUGCACCUUAGUAUAUGGCCUGUAGCUUCGAGUUUGUAGACCUCGAACCGCUCUUAUGUAGUUUACCUGUACAGAUAUCCUCGAUG